CCGCCAUGCCCCCCGGCCCCGAGUACUCGGAGGAGGAGGAGCUGGAGAGCGCCGAGGAGGAGGACGGCGAGCGCAGCGCCCGCGCGCGCGAUUCCGACGAGGAUACUGAGGAUGCUAGUGAGACAGACUUGGCAAAGCAUGAGGAAGAGGACUUCGUGGAAAUGAAAGAACAGAUGUAUCAGGACAAGCUGGCAUCUCUUAAGAGGCAGUUGCAACAACUGCAGGAAGGUACUCUACAAGAAUAUCAGAAAAGGAUGAAAAAACUGGACCAGCAGUACAAAGAGAGGAUACGAAAUGCAGAACUUUUCCUCCAGCUGGAAACUGAUCAGGUGGAAAAAAACUAUGUCAAGGAAAAGAAGGCUGCUGCAAAGGAGUUCGAAGAUAAGAAAAUUGAGCUUAAAGAAAAUCUGAUUGCAGAGUUGGAAGAGAAAAAGAAGAUGAUUGAGAAUGAGAAGCUAACCAUGGAAUUAACAGGAGAUUCUAUGGAAGUGAAACCUAUCAUGACGAGGAAACUGCGGCGGCGACCAAAUGAUCCAGUUCCUAUUCCAGAUAAGAGGAGGAAACCUGCCCCUGCUCAGCUAAAUUAUUUGUUGACUGAUGAGCAAAUAAUGGAGGACCUAAGGACGCUGAAUAAGCUUAAGUCGCCCAAGAGACCAGCCUCUCCCUCCUCUCCUGAGCACCUCCCAGCAACACCAGCAGAGUCGCCAGCACAGCGCUUUGAAGCCCGGAUAGAAGAUGGGAAACUCUAUUAUGAUAAAAGAUGGUACCACAAGAGCCAGGCUAUUUAUCUGGAGUCUAAAGAAAACACUAAGAUCAGCUGUGUGAUCAGUUCUGUGGGCGCCAAUGAGAUCUGGGUGAGGAAAACCAGCGACAGCACCAAGAUGAGGAUCUACCUGGGACAGCUGCAGCGAGGGGUUUUCGUGAUUCGCCGGCGAUCAGCUGCAUGACUGUCUGCUCCCCCUUGGCCUUUUGUUUUUUUUAACAGGUAGAAAAACCUCCAAAGGGGAAUGACACUUGGUUCUAUCUGGUCCUAGCAACAGAGAACAAUGUCAUGACCUCCUGCAAGACAGUUUGUGGCUGGCCACAUCACCCCAGUAGCCCUUAAACCUUUAGUGAUACCCACGCAUUGCCCUGGACUGUUUUUGGACUUUGCAUCAGGCUCCUGUAUGCUUUCUUUAUAUUUCAGGAGACUAUUUAAGAAGAUUUUGCAUCAGACUUUUAUUCAUCAUUUCAUGAUGCACAGAUGGGACCUGUAUGUUGAAAACAGCGUAGCGUUU